GAGGUGGAGGAGGGUCUGCGCCGCCGAGGUAUCGCGGUAUCCGAUGACCAGCUCAGGUCCAUGCUCGGCGAGCUCGACGCGAAUAAGGACAGGAGGAUAUCCGCGUCAGAGUUCGACGCGUUCUGCGACAAACGCCGCGCCAACAUCAAGCAAGUCUUCCGCGACGUCGACGCGGACGGGGACGGGCAGAUCGACUCCAAGGAACUGAGGCGCGGGGUCGAACGCGCGGGCCUCAAGAUCUCCGACGAGCAGCUCCGCGCCGCGUUCAAGCGCAUGGACCUCGACAGGGACGGCCGCCUCUCCUUUGACGAGUUCGAGUCCACGCUCAUGCUCCUGCCGCACGGAGCCAACCCCGAGGCUGUGUUCGACGCCUUCGCGCACAGAGCCUUCGUGGACGAUCCGGACGGCGGCGAGACCAUCGGGACGGCGAAGAAGCUCGCGAGCGGCGGCGUCGCGGGCGCCGUCUCCCGCAGUGCCACCGCGCCGAUAGACAGGAUCAAGACAAUCAUGCAGGCGGGGCGGUUGCCGAGCUCCGGGGGCAUCGCUCCCGUCGCGGGCGCCGCGGCGCGAGCCGUGUGGCACGAGGGUGGAUGGCGCGCCUUCUGGCGCGGGAACGGCGCCAACGUCGCCAAGGUUGUGCCGGAGACGGCGACCAAGUACGUCGCGUUCGACAUCCUUAAAAGGCAAUUAGCGACGGAUCCGGGCAACGCGACUGUGCUCGAACGGUUCGCCGCCGGCGGGAUGGCUGGGGCGGCGGCGCAGACGGUGGUGUACCCGCUGGAGAUUGUCAAGACGCGGGUGAGCUUGAGCGCGGGGGGUUGCUCGAUGGCGACGGUGAUCGCCGGGGUGCUCAGAACGGAGGGAACGCGGGGUUUGUUCAAGGGUCUGACGCCGUCGCUCGUGGGUAUCUUUCCGUACGCGGGCAUCGACCUCAUGGCCAACUCGGUGCUGAAGGAUGCGCUCGCCGCCAAGUACGCCGAGGUUGGCCGGGACCCCGGCGUCGCGGAGCUGCUCGGGUGCGGCAUGGCGUCCAGCACCAGCGCCAUGCUGGUGACCUACCCGCUGAACCUCGUUCGCACGAGGUUGCAGGCCUCGGGGAUGCCGGGGCAGCCGACGUACUCGGGCCCGGUGGAGUGCGCGGGGAAGAUCUUAGCGAAGGAGGGCUUCGCGGGUCUAUACCGCGGGCUGGUGCCGAACCUCGCGAAGGUUCUGCCGGCCACCAGCGUGUCCUACGCGGUGUACGACGUGCUGAGCUCGUGGCAGCGGCGCAAGGGCGAGGACUGA